AUGAAUAACACUAUGGUGAACUUUACCACACCUGAAGAAUCCAUGGACUCCACAACUUUUUCCAUCGGGCAAAUGGACAGUCUGAAAAUGUGUAUCUUCAUCAUCAUUUUCCUGUUUAGUCUUCCUUCAAACUCCUAUAUUGUAUGGCUCAUCGUCACAGGAAGAGAAAGUGGAGUUGCAUCAGGAUUCUUCAAUCUCAAUCUCUCUGUUUGUGAGAUUGGUUGCUGCCUGAGUGCUUUUUUCUAUCUACUGUCAAAUUUGUUUUUAAGUCUCAAGGCAAUAACAAAUUUUUUACAAGGACUAUCCAUCACUGGUCGUCCUCUGUUUCAGUGUCUGAUCUUUGUUGAGCGUUACCUGGCAGUGGUUCAUCCUGUAACCUUUCUACAGUUCAAACCCCUAAGAUAUAAAGUGAUCUGUUCCACUCCAGCCUGGAUCAUUACUCUUGGAUCAUGUUUGGUCUGCUUGUAUUGUGCAGUUUCAUUGAACACUAAAAUGUAUACAUGGUUCUACUUGCUGCAGUUCCUUCUCUACCUCUCCAUUCAGUUGUUUUGCCUUUUGGCUGUUCUCAGAGCUCUAAAGCAGUCACGACCAGGAGAGAGGGAGAGAAAGAGAGAGGAGGAAAACCAGAUGAAGAGAAGAGCGUUUUAUCUCAUUCUAAUAACUACUGUGAACAUCGUUAUCCUAUACAUCCCAUCUACAUUCAUAGGAUUCGCUGUGAAGACAUACAAAGAAGGAAUGAAUAAUUCUAUAGUGAACCUCACCACACCUGAAGCAUUCACAAACUCCACAAGUAGUUCUGUUGGGAUAAUCUCCAGCACUGAGAUUUUUGUGUUCAUCAAUUUCCUGUUUGGUCUUCCUGCAAACUACUAUGUUAUAUGGUUCAUCAUCACAGGAACAGGUCUUCAACCUCAAUCUAUCUGUUUGUGA